AUGCUACUGAACUGCUGGAAGUGUAUAUCAAGGACUGUCGUGGCCGGAUUGGAGCCGUGGUCAACGGGGGCGAGUGGAACUUUCCCGAAUGGAUUUGUACUACAGUUGGAGUUGUCCGCCCUUGGGACCGGUGAGUCACGCUCCUUCCUCCCCUACCCCCGCCACCUACCAUCACAGUCACACUCCUUCCUCCCCCUACCCCAACCACCUACCAUCACAGUCACGCUCCUUCCUCCCCUACCCCCGCCACCUACCAUCACAGUCACACUCCUUCCAUCCCCUACCCCCACCACCUACCAUCCCAACCACACUCCUUCCUUCCCCUACCCCCACCACCUACCAUCACAACCACACUCCUUCCUUCCCCUACCCCCGCCACCUACCAUCACAGUCACACUCCUUCCUUCCCCUACCCCCACCACCUUCCAUCACAGUCACGCUCCUUCCUCCCCCUACCCCCACCACCCUCCAUCACAACCACACUCCUUCCUUCCCCUACCCCCACCACCUACCAUCACAGUCACACUCAUCCCUCCCCCUACCCCCAUCACCUUCCAUCACAGUCACGCUCCUUCCUCCCCCUACCCCCACCACCCUCCAUCACAACCACACUCCUUCCUUCCCCUACCCCCACCACCUACCAUCACAGUCACACUCAUCCCUCCUCCUACCCCCAUCACCUACCAUCAUAGUCACACUCCUUACCCCCCUAACCCCACCACCCUCCAUCACAACCACACUCCUUCCUUCCCCUACCCCCACCACCUACCAUCACAGUCACAGUCCUUACCCCCCUACCCCCACCACCUACCAUCACAGUCACACUCAUCCUUCCUUCCCCUACCCCCACCACCUACCAUCACAGUCACAUUCCUUACCCCCCUACCCCCACCACCUACCAUCACAGUCACACUUAUCCCUCCCCCUACCCCCACCACCUACCAUCACAGUCACACUCAUCCCUCCCCCUACCCCCACCACCUACCAUCACAGUCACACUCAUCCCUCCCCCUACCCCCACCACCUACCAUCACAGUCACACUCAUCCCUCCCCCUACCCCCACCACCUACCAUCACAGUCACACUCAUCCCUCCCCCUACCCCCACCACCUACCAUCACAACCACACUCCUUACCCCCCUACCCCCACCACCCUCCAUCACAACCACACUCCUUCCUUCCCCUACCCCCACCACCUACCAUCACAGUCACACUCAUCCCUCCUCCUACCCCCACCACCUACCAUCACAGUCACAGUCCUUACCCCCCUAACCCCACUGCCUACCAUCACAACCACACUCCUUCCUUCCCCUACCCCCACAACCUACCAUCACAGUCACACUCAUCCCUCCUCCUACCCCCACCACCUACCAUCACAGUCACACUCCUUACCCCCCUACCCCCACCACCUACCAUCACAGUCACACUCCUUACCCCCCUACCCCCACCACCUACCAUCACAGUCACACUUAUCCCUCCCCCUACCCCCACCACCUACCAUCACAGUCACACUCAUCCCUCCCCCUACCCCCACCACCUACCAUCACAGUCACAGUCCUUACCCCCCUACCCCCACCACCUACCAUCACAGUCACACUCCUUCCUCCCCCUACCCCCACCACCUACCAUCACAGUCACACUCCUUCCUCCCCCUACCCCCACCACCUACCAUCACAGUCACAGUCCUUACCCCCCUACCCCCACCACCCUCCAUCACAACCACACUCCUUCCUUCCCCUACCCCCACCACCUACCAUCACAGUCACACUCAUCCCUCCUCCUACCCCCACCACCUACCAUCACAGUCACAGUCCUUACCCCCCUAACCCCACUGCCUACCAUCACAACCACACUCCUUCCUUCCCCUACCCCCACCACCUACCAUCACAGUCACGCUCAUCCCUCCUCCUACCCCCACCACCUACCAUCACAGUCACACUCCUUACCCCCCUACCCCCACCACCUACCAUCACAGUCACACUUAUCCCUCCCCCUACCCCCACCACCUACCAUCACAGUCACACUCAUCCCUCCCCCUACCCCCACCACCUACCAUCACAGUCACAGUCCUUACCCCCCUACCCCCACCACCUACCAUCACAGUCACACUCCUUCCUCCCCCUACCCCCACCACCUACCAUCACAGUCACACUCCUUCCUCCCCCUACCCCCACCACCUACCAUCACAGUCACAGUCCUUACCCCCCUAACCCCACUGCCUACCAAUACAGUUCUCCCUUUGCUUGUGGUCUUUAAUAAAUACAUUGUUGUGAGCUCUACAACUCUCAUGAAUCAAACCUGCAACCUACAUGACAUAGAGUAA